AUGCAGCACAGCGCCGUGGUCGUGGUUGCGGACAAAACCAGCCUCAAAAGGCCGUUUAUCUUCGCAAAUGCUGUCAAUAUGGCAUUGUGCUUCUUUAUGCUGACAACAACAGUGGCUUGGCACAAAGAUGUAAUACAAGCCGGUCAGCUUGUGUCCAGUGCUUCUGUGGUGAUCAUGUACAUCCUGGAGGUGGGCUGUUUGCUGCUGUCUCUACUGGGGGUCCUGGGAGCCUGCUGGGGCAAGAGAUGGUGCUUGAUACUGUUUGCAGCCGGGAUGGCAGCUGCAAGUCAAACCAUUAUUGUCAAAACAGCAUUGAGUUAUCAAGAGGUCUAUGAGAGAGUGGUGGUUCGUGAGGAGACCAAACUGCUGUCCAUGAUGCCUCUGAGUGGAACCAACAAAAGCAACCGGACCCUGCUCUACAGCAUCCAAGCACAUUUCAAAUGCUGUGGUCUUGUGGAUGGGUACAAAGACUGGGGCUCCACCAUCCCAGUAUCCUGUAACUGUCAGUAUCCAGGAAAAUGUAUUCGACUACGAGGCAGUGCCACUCUUGGUGCUCCUAAGAACGUCUAUGUGUAUCAAGAGCCGUGUUUACCAAUCUACGUGUCUGCGCUGAAGCGAGGAUUCACGUUAUCUACAGGAAUUCGCUUUGGCAGUGGCGUCUUCUGGGCGGUGUUGAUGGUGAUGAGCAUCCAGCUGAUGGUGCAGUUGAAAAGGAAAGAAGACUUCAUCGCUUUGCUCCAGUCCAACAGAUAUGUGCCUGGGGCCUUCUGA